UCCCGAGCCGCCUCAGACGGAGCCAGGCAGCCAGCGCGGCCCCCCUUCCCUCUCCCCGGUCCCGGCCUCACCAUGAGCAGCGGCAGCGCCGGCUCUUCCCGGCCCCGGACCAGCUCCUUCGCUGACCCCUCCGGGGGCGCGCCCGCCACAGCCCCCGCCGCGCCCGGCCCCACCUCGGCCACCGCGCCCGGCGGGAAGCCAGGGGGGGCCGCCGGGCCUGGGCCGGGGGGAGGCGGCACCAGUACGGCCGUCGGUGCCUUCCCGGGGCUCAAGCUGGGGCGAGAUAGCGGCAAGGUCACCACUGUGGUGGCCACGCCCGGACAGGGCCCCGACCGCCCCCAAGAAGUCUCCUACUCGGACAUCAAGGUCAUUGGGAAUGGGUCAUUUGGGGUCGUCUACCAGGCCCGACUGGCGGACUCGGGGGAGCUGGUGGCCAUCAAGAAGGUGUUGCAAGAUAAGCGGUUUAAGAAUCGAGAACUUCAAAUCAUGCGGAAACUGGAUCACUGCAACAUCGUUCGCUUGCGGUAUUUCUUCUACUCAAGCGGGGAAAAGAAGGAUGAGGUUUAUCUUAAUUUAGUCCUGGACUACGUCCCCGAGACAGUCUAUCGAGUGGCUCGCCACUUCACCAAAGCCAAACAGACCAUCCCUGUCAUCUAUGUGAAGGUGUACAUGUACCAGCUCUUCCGCAGUCUUGCUUACAUCCAUUCCCAAGGCGUCUGUCAUCGGGACAUCAAACCCCAAAACUUGCUUGUGGACCCCGACACAGCUGUACUGAAGCUGUGUGAUUUUGGCAGCGCAAAGCAACUGGUAAGGGGAGAACCCAAUGUUUCCUAUAUCUGUUCUCGCUACUACCGGGCCCCAGAGCUCAUCUUUGGAGCCACUGACUACACCUCAAACAUAGAUAUCUGGUCUGCUGGUUGCGUUCUGGCGGAACUGCUGCUGGGGCAGCCGAUAUUCCCUGGGGACAGCGGGGUGGAUCAGCUGGUGGAAAUCAUCAAGGUUCUGGGGACCCCAACACGAGAACAGAUCCGAGAAAUGAACCCCAACUACACAGAGUUUAAGUUCCCCCAGAUUAAAGCACACCCCUGGAUAAAGGUGUUCAAGCCCCGCACGCCACUGGAGGCCAUCUCGCUGUGCAGCCGGCUGCUGGAAUACACGCCUGCCACCCGCCUCUCCCCCCUCGAGGCCUGCGCCAACAGCUUCUUCGACGAGCUGCGUGAGCCCAACACCCGGCUGCCCAAUGGGCGCGACCUGCCCCCACUCUUCAACUUCAGCCCCGUGGAAUUAUCCAUCCAACCGUUGCUCAAUACCAGCCUCAUUCCACCACACAUUCGGUCCCAGGCGGGCUCAGUGGGAUCUGUGCCUGGCCCCACAACUGCACACAGUGAAGGGAGAUUGGGAGGUGACAGGAGCCAGGUGACGCCAGGAGAUGGCGCAGGACCCAUCGCCAACACAUCCUGAGGGGCUGCUGGGGGCCGGGGGGCAGGUCCCCUCCACUAUCCCCUACCCCCCAGGCCACCCACAUGGACUUCUCUGAACUGUGAACGGUGGGGGAAAGCAAUUGUGGCCCGGGAGACCAUGUGGUGCCUGCCUCUCGUUCGCCAAGGGGGAGGCCAGUUGGAGAUGAGACAGCCGCUUGGACGGGAGGGGGAAGAUCCUGUCUCCCGAAGUCAUUUGCUGCGAUUCCCUCUCAUGUUGUCCCAUGUUGCCUUGGCAUGGGGAGAGGGCAGAGAAAUCCCACGGUUUAAGGGCUCCCUUCUUUUCAAAAGCGGUUCAGGCUGGUACCUCUGGGGAGGGGUGGGGGAGAGCCGAGAGCUGCCACUACACCUCCUCUCUCCCCCUCCCCCAGUACGUCCCAACUUGAUUUUAAGUUUCUCUUGUUUUUAACAUCCCAUGGAAACAGUAUGGUUUUAUUUCUAGUCUCAUGUUGCUUACAGUUUCUGAAGUCCCAGCCUUGUGGCCCGUCACACGCCAUCUGAUUCCCUCACCAGGUGCCCAUCCUGUGCCCCAGGCUAUUCUGCCUCUGAAACUUGGAUGCUGUAUUUUUAAGCGGAUCAACUUUUUGUUUGGUUUUUAAUCCCGAUUCAUUCAGUGAUCUCAUUCAGACCGGGGGUAUAGGACAGUUCCUCUUCCCCUGAACUUGCUUCCUUCCCUGCCCCUCCUCCUCGUCAUUCAUUGGCUGUGCCUCCACCACAGUCUCUUCUUACUGGGAACAAGAAUCUCCUCCCACUCACCCACCCCCUCCUCAGCACGUGGUAGGGGCAUGGCCAACCAUUCCUUGUUCCUCCAAUCUUCCAACAUCAACAGCACCAGGAUUUCCUGUGGGAAGUCCCCACAUUUUGCUACAGGAUGGUAUCAAGGCUGCUGUUCCCAAGCAAGCAAGCCAACUGCAGAAGCCUUCUCUGAACUUGAAAGUUCAGUUGUGUGUCAUCCCCAUCAUAGACCUUUCUCCAGUGCCGCAAAUCAAUGUGGGUAGAGAGGUGCUCUCAAAAGGCACACAGAAGACUAGUUUUAAUUUCCUGCCCGCCCCCUUCCAGCUGUAAAUACAUAUCCCCAUUUGCCCUGUCCUCCUCCUUCAAAAUGGUUUCCUUUUACCGUUCUCCCUGUAAAUAGAUUAUAAUUUUUUUUCUUAAUGCAACGUUGCAAUGAUUGCCCCUGACCCUAUUCUCCUGCCCUCCACCUUCAAAUCGCUGUAGGAUUGAAGGUUCCCCCUGGGGAGCCAGGGUGCAGCCUGUGGAUAACCCCCACCCCCCAAGGAUCAUCACUGCCUUCCUCUCCCUUCCAACAUUGUGUGUUAGUUUCUUUCUUAGGUUUUUUGGCUGUGUACAGACAUCCGGUUCAAUAAAUUAUUGGCAUGAACGGAAAUAA